CAGCUUCAGGACCAAGAAAGGGACCCUCUUCCUCCUGAUCGGGAAUUUCCAGGACUCAUCAACCACGUGCACACUCCUGAGCUUGUUCAUGUGUCAGAAAAGAGCCUUUCUGAAAUAGAAAAAGUUCAUGGCUACGUAUCCCAUUCUCACAUCUCACCUCUGAAGGGGAGCCCUGCUCCUGUCAUUAUCAACACAGAAGCUUUGGACUCAACUCCUUUGGUCAGUGUAACAGAAAUGGAUUAUGAGUUUGAAGAAAUCACUUUAGAGCGGGGGAACUCAGGAUUUGGUUUUAGCAUUGCUGGAGGAACUGAUAGCCCACACAUUUGUGAUGACCCUGGUAUUUUUAUAACCAAAAUCAUUCCUGGAGGACCUGCAGCAGAAGAUGGACGACUCAGGGUAAAUGAUUGUAUUCUGCGAGUGAAUGAUGCAGAUGUGUAUGACAUUCCCCACUGUAAGGCAGUAGAGGCCUUGAAGUUUGCAGGCUCAAUUGUACAUUUGUAUGUCCGUCGUCGCAGACCAAUGCUGGAGACCAUCUUUGAUAUCAAACUUGUCAAAGGAACAAAAGGACUUGGCUUCAGCAUUGUGGGGGGAGUUGGAAAUCAGCACAUUUCUGGUGAUAACAGCAUAUACAUWACCAAAAUAAUUGAUGGAGGAGCUGCACAGAAAGAUGGACGCCUGCAUGUUGGGGACAGGUUAAUAAUGGUGAAUAACUGCAGUCUGGAUGGAGUUUCUCAUGAAGAAGCUGUGGAGAUUUUGAAGACUACAUCAGACGUGRUUCAUCUAAAGCUGGGAAAGCCCACCAAUAUUUAUGGAUCAGCAUAUUCUCCUGCCAUGGAAAAUCAUACCUCUUCCGUCAUCAACUAUGGGACUCUGGAAUUCAAGUCUGGCCUGACCCACUUUCGUCCUGGGAGUCAUUCAUCCCUCCACAACCACAUAUUGGUGCCAGACGAUCUAAAUAGAGAACCCAGGGAUGUUGUACUCCACAAGGGCUCCACGGGCCUGGGCUUCAACAUUGUGGGUGGUGAGGAUGGCGAGGGUAUCUUUGUCUCCUUCAUCCUGGCAGGAGGACCUGCUGACCUUAGUGGAGAACUACGGCGAGGGGACCAGAUUUUAUCAGUUAAUGGCAUUGACUUACAAGGAGCCACACAUGAACAAGCAGCAGCAGCCCUGAAAGGAGCAGGACAGGUGGUCACCAUCGUAGCCCAAUACAGACCUGAGGAGUAUGGGCGUUUUGAGGCCCGGAUCAAUGACCUCCGAGAACAGAUGAUGAGCUGCAGCAUGAGCUCUGGGUCAGGAUCGCUGAGGACAAACCAGAAGAAGUCACUUUAUGUGAGAGCAUGGGACGAGACCGGACCGGUUCGGAGGCAGUAUGGAGCCGACCCUUUGAGGCAGGUGGAGAAAGCGGGCCCGAAUGCAUCCAGAGAAGCCUGGUCUGCUUUGAUUGACAACCCCUUCCGGGGACCAGAUAACAAACAAACAUGUGUUGUUGAUCUGGUAAAAAUGUUUCCAUCCAGCAGUAACUUCAGAGGUUUGCACCGCUCUCUUUUUAUUUUUGACUCUUCCAGUCACCAUUUCAACCUCUGAGCGCUCAUUCGCUAAGUUAAAACUCACCAGCAUGUCAACCCCUUCAGUUGUUUACCUGUAUA